AUGUCACAACCAAAAGGCGCGUUUGCCGCUUAUGGUGCAAUCACUAUUUGCACCAUCUCGAUUGCUGCCACACUUUUCUAUGUUCCACUUUUCAUUGCGAGAAUUGAGAAUAUUCGAACAAGUUUGGCGUUCAAUAUGGAGGAGUUCAAUAAUAUGCAGGUUUGAGAUUUUGAAUUUUGAGAAAAAAAUUGAAAAAAAAUGUUUUAGGCCGAAGUUUGGGGCGAUAUGGUGCAUUUGAGAAAGGGAUUACCAAUUUUGAAACGAGUGCAAAAAAGACAAGCCGGAAACGAACAAUGCGGUAGGUUCUUCAAAACACUUCCAAAGUUUUUUUUUUAAUUUGAAUCAGAAAUUUUUUAUUCCGAAAGAUUCCAAACAAAACAAAAAUGUUUUUGCAGACUGUGACACACAAAAUUUGUGCCCACCAGGACCAAAGGGAAGAAAUGGAGCAGAUGGACUCGACGGACUUCCAGGAACUCCAGGAGAAGCUGGAGAACAAGGACUUUCUGGAAUCAAUCCACACGUUGAAACAGCUAAAGAAGGAUGUAGAGUCUGCCCACCAGGUCCACAAGGACCAGCAGGAUAUCCAGGACAACCUGGGCCACAAGGACUUCCAGGAUUACAAGGACCAAGUGGUGAUAUUGGAAGACCAGGAGCACCUGGACCAAUUGGACCAAUUGGAGAUAUGGGAAUGAUGGGAGAUCUUGGAAAAGAAGGAGAGCAAGGUACACCAGGCCGUGAAGGAGUUCGUGGUGAAAAAGGACCAACUGGACCACAAGGUUUGCCGGGAUUGGCUGGACCAAAAGGAUUCAGCGGAAAUUCUGGGCCACCAGGAAAUGUUGGAGAGCCUGGACCUGAAGGAGAACAAGGGCCAGCUGGAAAGAAUGGAGCACCAGGUUAUGAUGGAGGAAUUGGAAAUUAUGGAGAAGCUGGAGUUCCUGGAGAAGAUGCUGGUUAUUGUAAAUGUCCAGCGAGAAAACGAAAGCAUUGA